AUGAAGGCCACCGUUCGCGGCGCUGCCUGCUCUUCAUGUAGACGGUCAAUGUCUCUCGCUUCUACUAUCAGACGUGCCGACUCGAGCUCAAAGCUCGGCUUGGCCACGCGCCGGCCUCUCGCCCUUGUUGGCAAGAGGUUUUAUGCUUCGUCCGCCGAGGACUCCGGUGUGGCCGCCAGCGAUUCCUUCCUUUCAGGAAACACCGCCAACUAUAUCGAUGAGAUGUAUGUCGCGUGGAGGAAAGACCCGUCAAGCGUCCACAUCUCGUGGCAGACAUAUUUCCGCAACAUGGAGGAGGGCAAGAUGCCCAUCUCCCAAGCUUUCCAGCCCCCUCCUACUCUCGUUCCCACACCCACUGGCGGCGUCCACCAGGAGAUGCCCGGUGCUGGUCUCGGCCUUUCCCAAGGCACCGACGUCACAAAACACCUGAAGGUCCAGCUGCUUGUUCGCGCAUACCAGGCCCGUGGUCAUCACAAGGCUAAGAUUGAUCCUCUGGGUAUCCGUGGUGAGGCCGAGGCUUUCGGUUACAGCAAGCCCAAGGAGCUUGAGCUGGACCACUACGGCUUCACCGAGCGCGAUCUCGAUGAAGAAUUCGAUCUUGGUCCCGGUAUUCUUCCUCGUUUCGCUACCGAGAGCCGCAAGAAGAUGUCUCUACGUGAAAUUAUUGCUGCUUGCGAGAAGAUUUACUGUGGUUCGUAUGGUGUGGAGUACAUCCACAUCCCCGACCGCAAGCCUUGCGACUGGAUCCGUGAUCGUUUCGAGGUUCCAGAGCCCUACAAGUACUCCGUGGAUGACAAACGCCGCAUUCUCGACCGUCUCAUCUGGAGUUCCAGCUUUGAGACCUUCCUUGCUACCAAGUUCCCCAACGACAAGCGUUUCGGUCUGGAGGGUUGCGAGACCCUUGUGCCUGGUAUGAAGGCUUUGAUCGACCGCAGUGUCGACUACGGCAUCAAGGACAUUGUUAUCGGUAUGCCUCACCGUGGUCGUCUUAACGUUCUGUCCAACGUCGUCCGAAAGCCCAACGAGUCCAUCUUCAGUGAAUUCGCCGGCUCUACCGAGCCUUCCGAUGAAGGCUCCGGUGAUGUCAAGUACCACUUGGGUAUGAACUUUGAGCGUCCCACUCCAUCUGGUAAGCGCGUGCAGCUCUCCCUUGUUGCCAACCCGUCCCAUCUCGAAGCCGAGGACCCAGUUGUUUUGGGUAAAACCCGCGCUAUCCAGCACUACAACAAGGAUGAGAAGAACUUCGACAGCGCUAUGGGUGUUUUGCUGCACGGUGAUGCUGCCUUUGCCGCUCAGGGUAUUGUUUACGAGACCAUGGGUUUCCACUCCUUGCCCGCAUACUCCACUGGAGGAACCAUCCACAUCGUUGUGAACAACCAGAUCGGUUUCACCACUGACCCUCGCUUUGCCCGUUCCACUCCUUACUGCUCCGACAUUGCCAAGUCGAUCGAUGCCCCUGUCUUCCACGUCAACGCUGAUGACGUUGAGGCUGUCAACUACGUCUGCCAGAUUGCUGCCGAUUGGCGCGCCGAGUUCAAGAGCGACGUCGUGAUUGACAUUGUCUGCUACCGUAAGCAGGGUCACAAUGAGACCGACCAGCCCUCUUUCACCCAGCCUCUGAUGUACAAGCGUGUCGCCGAGAAGAAGCUCCAGCUUGACAUGUACGUUGAGAAGCUCAUUUCCGAGGGCACCUUCACCAAGGAGGACAUUGAUGAGCACAAGAAGUGGGUCUGGGGAAUGCUCAAUGACAGCUUUGACCGCAGCAAGGACUACCAGCCCACCGGUAAGGAGUGGUUGACCUCCGCCUGGAACGGUUUCAAGUCUCCCAAGGAGCUUGCCACGGAAGUUCUGCCUCACCUCCCCACCGCUGUCGAGCCCUCUAUCCUGAAGAACGUCGCCGACAAGAUCAGCGGUGCUCCUGAUGGCUUCACCCUGCACCGCAACCUUAAGCGUAUUCUUACCAACCGUAAGAAGACCGUUGAGGAGGGUCAGAACAUUGACUGGGCUACCGCCGAGGCUCUUGCCUUCGGUUCUCUCGUAAACGAGGGCUACCACGUCCGUGUAUCUGGUCAGGAUGUCGAGCGUGGUACCUUCUCUCAGCGUCACGCUGUUCUCCACGACCAGGAGACCGAGUCUACCUACACUCCUCUCCAGCACAUCAGCAAGGACCAGGGUAGCUUCGUCAUCUCCAACUCUUCUCUGAGUGAAUUCGGAGCUCUCGGUUUCGAAUACGGUUACUCUUUGACCUCCCCCAACGCCCUCGUUAUGUGGGAGGCCCAGUUCGGUGACUUCGCCAACAACGCUCAGUGCAUCAUCGACCAGUUCAUUGCCUCUGGUGAAUCCAAGUGGCUGCAGCGCUCUGGUCUGAUUCUGUCUCUUCCUCACGGUUACGACGGUCAGGGUCCUGAGCACUCCUCCGGCCGUAUGGAGCGUUACCUCCAGCUCUGUAACGAGGAGCCCCGUGUCUUCCCCUCUAAGGACAAGCUUGACCGCCAGCACCAGGACUGCAACAUGCAGAUUGCCUACAUGACCAGCCCCGCCAACUUGUUCCACUUGCUGCGUCGCCAGAUCCACCGUCAAUUCCGCAAGCCCCUCGUGAUCUUCUUCUCCAAGUCUCUACUCCGUCACCCCAUUGCUCGCUCAUCUAUUGAGGAGUUCACUGACGACUCCCACUUCCAAUGGAUCAUUCCCGACCCUGCUCACGGAACCGCCAUUGAUGAGCCUGAGAAGAUCGAGCGUGUCAUUCUCUGCUCUGGUCAGGUGUACGCUGCUCUCACCAAGCACCGUGAGGCCAACAACAUCCGCAACACCGCCAUCACCCGUGUUGAGCAGCUGCACCCCUUCCCUUGGGCUCAACUGAAGGAGAACCUCGACAGCUACCCCAACGCUCGCAACAUCGUCUGGGCCCAGGAAGAGCCCCUGAACGCCGGUUCAUGGAGCUAUGUCCAGCCCCGUAUUGAGACCUUGCUGAACGAGACUGAGCACCACAACCGCCGCCACGUCAUGUACGCUGGUCGCUCACCAAGUGCCUCUGUUGCCACCGGUCUGAAGUCUGUUCACUUGAAGGAGGAGCAAGAAUUCCUCGAGGAUGCCUUCUCCGUUCACCAGGAGCGUCUGAAGGGCGAGUAG